AUGAUACGUGAUAUAUUUAGUCUGUUAAUUGGUGGAAAUAUGUGGAGUUACUUGGCAGACACGCGCGGGAGACGCUCCAUGCUACUGAUAGGCCUUAUUGGGAGUGCAAUAUUUAAUUUGAUCGGUACCAUCUCUUUCCACUGGGUCAUGCUACUCGUCUUUCAAUUCAUUACAGCAAUUUUUGCAUCAGGACUGUACACCAUGUCGAUGACGCUACUCAGUGAGUGUGUGCCGAUAGCAAACAGGAAUACUGCUGUGCUGAUCGUCUUCUGCGUCAUGUUCCUGGGACAAAGAUUUAUGGCAAUGUUGGCGCUGCCUAUAAUUCCUUUAGGGUUUUCAUACCACAUACCAUGGCUUGGCAUUCACUGGAACUCGUGGCGUACGCUUAUGGCGGUAUUUUCCCUCCCAUGCACCACUUCUGCUGUCUUUCUCUAUUUUAUGCAGGAAAGUCCCAAAUUUAUCUUCACGAAAGGAAAUGAAGGAAAAGCGUUGAAGGUACUGAAGACUAUUUAUAGGAUCAAUAAUAGGAGAUCUACAGAAGAUUUACAGGUCAAGGGUCUGCUAAAGGAUGAAGUUACAGCAACCAUCGGGAUCAUCUCAGCUAAGGAACGAAUAAUUCCUCUAUUUAAGGCUCCACUCCUCAAAUAUACGAUUAUCAUGACAAUUCUCAACUUGGCACAACAGCUUGCAGCUUUUUCCGUGUGGCUGCCAAAAAUCACAGACCAGUUUGUGCGGAGCAUUCAAACUGGCGAAGGCAGUGACUUAACCGUGUGCAAUGUAUUGAAUAUGCCACCAGUGCCGACUGACUCUAAUGCAACGCCUUGUGCUCUGGACGAGACUUCCCUUUUAAUAGUGCUUGGUAUAGGAGUAUUGCAGUCUAUCUUCAACUUAUGCAUCAGUUUUUUGAUCAACUUAGUAGGCCGCAGGAAUCUUACAAUUUUUGUUAUCUCAUUCUCCGGUAUCAGCGGGAUCCUCGUCAACUUAGUACCCAACAUGAUUGGCAGUGCGGUGCUCUUCAUCAUGAUGAUAAUGGGCUGUGUUGUGGUUGGCCUUUCCACUGCAAUAUGCGUUGCUUUGUUUCCUACUAAUUUAAGAGCGAUAGCCGUUGAAUUCACAAUGUUUGCUCAAUACAUAGGAAUAAUAGCAUCCAUCCAGAUCCUUAAUCUAUUAUUGGAACACCACUGUAACGUCGGUUUCUUCUUAUUUAGCUCUUUAUUAACAGCGUCUGCGAUAGUCGCUUGCUUCUUACCAAAUGAUCGGCAACCACAACCAGUAAAAGAAGCACCCAGCGAGGCGGCCACUUCUGCACAAUAG